AUGGCGUCCACCGCCCCUGCUAAAUCUCAGCCCCUGCAUAACUUCACGCUGUCGCAUCUCAAGUGGAACACGGACGCCCAAUCGGGCGGCCAGCACCAGCGCCGCCGCUCCGCCAAAUCUCCGUCGCCGAGGCCGGCCGCGACCUCCGCCUCCCCUGUCCGCCAGUCGCCGCUGCGCGUAACCGUCUCGGCGACGCCGCCGCGUCACCAGUCCCCUCUGUGCGACUCGUCGGCGACGCCAUCGCCGCGCGAGUUCCACGUACUCGGUGAUUACCUGGGGAGGCAGUGGCCCUUCCCGGCCCGCGACCACGCGCGGAGGACUCCAGUGGCCCCCGAUACGCCGUUCUACUUCCGCAGACACGAUCCGGCUCCGGAAUCGAGCUCCUCCGGCAAGGGAAGAGCGGAUUCGGCCGAGAACCAGAGGAAGGACAAAAUCGACGACGAAAUUGCACAAGAAGAGCAGAAAAUCGACGAGAAAAUUGAGGAUGAGGACACUCGCGAAGUGCGAGAAGAAGGGAAGAUUGUCAACAGCAACACAGAUGAAGAAACCAGGAUAUGGAACCUGAGACCCCGAAAGCCAAUUCGGGCCUCGCUGAGUGAGAACUGGGGCCCGGCGAGGAACCACAGCCCGGCCAUGCCCGAGAAGAAUAAAGGCCACCCCUCGAGGAACGUCAGCAGCAGCAGAUCAGGUGAAAAUGGAGACAACGGCCAGAAGAAGGGCGGCGGCGAGAAGAAGCAGAAGAGGAAACUGAGCCUUUUUCUCUCUCUAACCAAGGAGGAAAUCGAAGAGGAUAUCUUCUCCUUCACCGGAUCGAAGCCCGCAAGGAGGCCCAAGAAGAGAGCGAAAAACGUACAGAAACAAGUAGAUACACUCUAUCCUGGGGCGUGGCUGAUAUCAAUAACUGCGGAUUCGUACAAAGUGUCUGAAAAUUCUCUCAAGGGUUAG